CCGCCCCCGCCCCGCCCUGCCCUAUAAACGUGGCGCCGGCCGAGGCCGGGAGAAUCCGUGGCGGCUCUGAGAGCUUCUGCGCGUCCUGAGGCCGUGGCGGCCGCACCUCGCUGCGCCGUGUCGGGGAUUCGAGGCCAGGGUCCGCGUGUCCAGGGUUUGCAUCCCAGGCGCGAUGCUGUUCGACAAAGUGAAAGCAUUCGCGGUGCAGCUGGACGACGCGAGCGCGGGCGCCGACCCCGUGUUCAGCGGCGGCCAGGCCGUAGCCGGCCGGGUGCUGCUGGAGCUGACCGGCUCAGCGCGCGUGGGCGCCCUGAGGCUUCGCGCGCGGGGCCGCGCCCACGUGCACUGGAGCGAGUCUCGCAGCUCCGGCUCUAGCACCGCCUACACGCAGAGUUAUAGCGAGCGGUUGGAGGUCCUGAGCCACCAUGCUACGCUUCUCCGGCCAGACACUGGAGAGACCACCAUGCUGCCUGCUGGGCGCCAUGAGUUCCCAUUCAGCUUCCAGCUGCCUCAGACACUGGUGACGUCAUUCGAGGGCAAACACGGCAGUGUCAGAUACUGCAUCAAGGCCACCCUGCACCGGCCCUGGGUUCCUGCCCGCAGGGCAAGGAAGGUGUUUACUGUUAUCGAGCCUGUGGACAUCAACACGCCUGCCCUGCUGGCCCCGCAAGCAGGAGCUCGGGAGAAGAUCGCCCGAUCCUGGUACAGUAACCGUGGCCUCGUCUCCCUCUCAGCCAAGAUCGACCGCAAGGGCUACACACCAGGUGAGGUAAUCCCUGUGUUCGCUGAGAUUGACAACGGCUCCACGCGCCCGGUGCUGCCCCGAGCAGUCGUGGUCCAGACGCAGACCUUCAUGGCGCGAGGCGCCCGCAAGCAGAAGCACGCUGUGGUGGCCAGUCUCGCGGGCGAGCCUGUGGGCCCGGGGCGGCGGGCGCUGUGGCAGGGCCGGGCACUUCGGAUCCCCCCCGUGGGCCCUUCCAUCCUUCACUGCCGCAUGCUGCAUGUGGACUACGCCCUCAAGGUCUGUGUGGACAUUCCAGGCACAUCCAAGCUGCUCCUGGAACUGCCACUGGUCAUCGGCACUGUCCCCCUACACCCCUUUGGCAGCCGCUCGUCCAGUGUGGGCAGCCAUACCAGCUUUGUGCUAGACUGGAGGCUGGGGGCCCUGCCAGAGCAGCCUGAGGCCCCUCCAGAGUAUUCGGAGGUUGUGGCAGACAGUGUGGCAGCCGUGGGGCAGAGCCCCUUUCCGCUACCUCAGGACUCCGACAUGAGCCUUGAAGGCCCCUUCUUUGCCUAUAUCCAAGAGUUCCGCUACCGCCCGCCGCCCCUGUACUCUGAGGAGGAUCCAAACCCCCCCUCUGAAGCUAUGAGGCGACGCUGCAUGACCUGCUGAGUGGAAGUGGAUACCUCUAGGGAUGGGGUUGCACAUGUGCUUCCAGCCACCGUGGACACAGGGAGUGGCUGGAUCAAGAGCAGAACCAGCCUCACUGUCCUGAAGCUGGGGAAAUCAAGUCUCGGAACAGGGCAGGGCUGUUCACACAGGACAGAGGAAGAGCCAGUCUGGCAUCCGACUUAUCUGGUCCUCGUAAGGCAUCAGAUGCCUGGUGCAGGAUCCGAGUGCCUGUUCAAGCUCUGUGCUGGCCUGUGGAUAGAGCUGGGGUUCCUCCAGGAGACUCCAAUCUGGGAGAGACACUGUCAGGAAUAAAUACUUCCAGUCUUGUGGGACCAUAGGAAGGCCUGGGAGAGUCCAGGGAGGAAGCAGAGAAAGCUUCCUAGAGGAAAGGGCAUUUUAGCUGAAGCUUUGGCAUAUUAUGAAUAAGAGCUCAGAAGACAGCCAAGCAAAAAGAAGUCGGACAAGGUCAGAGCUAAGUGAUGUUUGGAGACUGACCCCUUCUUCUUCUUAGAACUGGGGCUCAGAGGGCAAGUGCCUCAGCUGAGGUCACACUACAAGGUCCAGCAGGCGAGAGGACCCAGGAAUGAGGCAUUCAGGGAAGCAGGUCUUGGGAGAUAUGUGGGACCUGUGGGUGUCAGGGGUAGUGGCUCCAGCCUUUGAAGCUUCUGAAAGAAAGCUGGAGACUCCUACCCCAGGCUGAGAUUGCCUGGGGGCUUCUCCAGGCACUUGAGACACAGAGCUGUAUGGCCUGGAAACCCCAGGUUCAGAGCAGGACAGACAAGACCUACUACAUAACUUGCAAAUGAAAAUGUGGGGUCCUUGUUCAAGGAGUGUUAAGAAUUUCAAGAUAAUGACAGCAGAGCAUUCACCCAGGCCCUAGGACAGAGGUCAGCCUAGGGUCACACAGCAGGGCCAGUGUGCUUCUGGAUACCCCUGGGUCCAGAGGAACAAAGCAUGGAGCAGCAGCUAGACAAGCCCCUACUGCAGAGUCCUGGCCCUGGCUGGGGCAGAGUCCCAGCCUGGAUCUCAGCAUUUCUAAGCCUUAAUUGUUCUCUUUUGUACAAUUAUUUUUAAAAAAUAAAA